UUGAUCGGAGGACAAUGAAUGCAACGGCGACGGCUCAAGAAGAAACAAAACCUCCAAUUUUACAUAUUUUGGUUGUGGGUUUCCAUCACAAGUUGGGAUGUCAGGUGGAAUUUUCAUACCCCCCUCUGGUUGCUGGAUCGACUGGAAAAAAUGAAUGUCCCAGUGGUUGGAAAUAUCUAUCAACCUUGGCUUUGCCAGAUGGUUCUCACAACUUUAUCGAGGAUACGGUCUUCUUUAAUUUACCCAGUCUAACCGAUCCCACAGAAAGUGUGUACGGUGUGUCGUGUUAUCGACAAAUACCGGUGGAAAAACUGAAAAUUCGCACAGCCGAUGUAACACGUAGUACGGUGCAAAAGUCUGUCUGCUGUCUGGCCCGAUUGCCAAUUUAUGGCUACAUAGAAGUCAAGUUGUCGCUGAUUGCGGAUGCUUUCUUUGAGGAGGGUGAUUUUUCGAGCACGGAUAUUCUUGUCAAGGCAUAUGAACAAUUGAAUGCCUGUCUGCUGGACGGCGAUGAAUCACGUCGUGCUCUGCGUCAUUUCCAUGUUGGCUUAUCGCUGCGUGAAAUUGUUUUGAAUUGGCGACACAAAACAUUGCAGUUGUUGAAAUUGUUUUUGUUACAACGGAAAGUGGUUUGUUUCGGAUCGCCGGUGAGGGGUAUGUGUGCUCUUAUCUUGGGUAUAGCAUCGUUAAUACCGCGACUGUUGGAAAAGGGUUUUCAAGAGGUGGCAUGUGUGAGGACAUCCCGGCCACUGUCGCCAAUGCCUGAUUAUACGGAUUCACUUAUAAAAUCAGAGGAUUGUAAAACAAAGGGUGGCCGCAAUAGCAGCAGCGAUGAUGUGAAUGUUGAAAAUACUGCAACUACAAAAGCUGGGGAAGAAGAGGGGGAGGAUACUGCCGAUAAUGCCAGUCAUGUAGAUGCAGAAGAAAAGAUGCGAAAAUUUUCCAAUGCCUCUUCGAAGAGUAGUGAAAAAUCAAGUCAUAAAAGUAGUUCAUCGCCAACAUCGGGAAUUUCAGCAGGUGGUGAUGCAGACACCGUCGGGUCGACAUCACAGAAUGAUAAAAAUUUGGAACGCAGCAGCUCAUUUACCAAAGACAACAGUUUGGAUGCAUCAACUACCAUGUCCAUCCUGACCACAAUCAAUCCCGACGAAUAUCGUGCACCCAUCUCGAUAUUUGCCAGCGGUAAUCUUUGUUUGCCUUAUCUCUCCUUGCCAUACAUGGAUUUGUUAACCGAUCCAUCGGUAUUAAGUUAUGUUAUCGGAACCUCAAAUGUCCUAUUUCAGCAACGCCAUCACCUGGCCGAUAUAUUAAUUGAUAUUGAAAAUGGCAACUUGGAAGCACGUGAUCCCGAGCUGAGAAAACAAUUGAUCCUGAGCACAGAAGAUUUACGUUUUAUGGAUUAUAUAUUGCGUCAUGUUCAAGUGCCUAAAGAGGAUGCUGAAGGUGGCAGUGAUCAAUGGAUUCGGCAGCAAUUUCAGGGUUAUUUGUUGGCCUUAUUGCGUACCUCUGUGGUGGCCACCACCUCCGAGACAAUUGUUAAAGAUGUUGAUCAUUUUAAUGCGAAUUUUAUGACAGCAUUCCAAAAGACGCAAUGCUAUCAGGAAUGGUUUGAUGUUAGGCCAGAUAAUGGAUUUUUUGAAGCUUUGCCAAUGGGACAUCCAUUUUCGGGGGCCACUCUAUCGGUUACAGAUGUUAAAUUGAAAUUGGCACAAACAAUGCAAAGCACUGAAAGCGGCCGCAAAAUAAAUCAGGCCGUUAACAAUACCAGCCGGGCUGUGGGCGGUGCAUUAUCUCAGGCUAAGGGUGCCAUUUCUGGUUGGUGGUCAUCGAUGACCACAACGGCUGCCACAACAGGUUCCAGCAAUACCGAAAACCGUCUGACGGACCAAUCCAAACAGGAUAUCUCAGUAACAUUCCAAAAUAGCGGCGACACCAUUGAGGAGGGUAUCAGUAUACACACAGAGGAGAAAAUUGUUUUCUCUACUAAAAACGGCGAGGUAGAAGGCAUUGACGACAACAACAAGGAGUCGGCUGAUGGUGACAAUGGAGAGGGAAAACUUGUCGAAAAGGCUGAAGAACUUAAGGAGGGCAAACAAAUCGAAGCAAAUAAAGUAAUGCAAAGUAGUGGCGGCAGUGGCAUUGUAGAAAUUGGCAAAGAAGCUGAAUUGCUUGAUAGGAAUGAUCAGAAUUUAGUUGGCGAUAGAAGUUCGUCUAAUGGAAACAGUGUAUUUAUUGUUUAA